GGGGAGGCGGAGCGGAGGCGGGGCCUGGGGCUGGUAGAGUCUCUAGUGGGUAGGUGGGUUCAGACAGAGGGGACUACGGGUCGGCGUUGGGCUCAGUGGGCUCGAAACAAAGGACUAUCCGGUAGGGACGCGGUGGGGCGCUUUCUGACGGGUAGCUGAGCUUCGGGUCGAGGCUUCGCGGCCAACCAGUGUCUUCGUUGCGCGGUCUCAGUCGGCUUUUCCUCGGUUCCCCGCAGCCUGCGCCGCGGUGGGGGGCCCGGCGCAGCAGCACCUGCUGGUGAGGGACCCCGAGGCCCGCCCAGGUGCUCAUGAUGGGGCUGAUCUUCGCUAAACUGUGGAGCCUUUUCUGUAACCAAGAACACAAAGUAAUUAUAGUGGGACUGGAUAAUGCAGGGAAAACCACCAUUCUUUAUCAAUUUUUAAUGAAUGAAGUGGUUCAUACUUCUCCAACCAUAGGAAGCAAUGUUGAAGAGAUAGUUGUAAAGAAUACUCAUUUUCUUAUGUGGGAUAUUGGUGGUCAAGAGUCCCUGCGGUCAUCCUGGAACACAUAUUACUCAAACACAGAGUUCAUCAUUCUUGUUGUUGAUAGCAUUGACAGGGAACGACUAGCUAUUACAAAAGAAGAAUUAUACAGAAUGUUGGCUCAUGAGGAUUUGCGGAAGGCUGCAGUCCUUAUCUUUGCAAAUAAACAGGAUAUGAAAGGGUGUAUGACAGCAGCUGAAAUCUCUAAAUACCUCACCCUUAGUUCAAUUAAGGAUCAUCCAUGGCACAUUCAGUCCUGCUGUGCUUUAACAGGAGAAGGGUUAUGCCAAGGUCUAGAGUGGAUGACCUCCCGGAUUGGUGUGAGAUAACUUUUUUGCUCGAAAGAGACUGCUCUAUUUAUUCUGUGACAUGAACAUUUUUUCUUAGUACCUUUAGCUGCUAAGGCAGCAGCAUGUUUAAUUUAUAACAACACAAACCUCUAUGAGCAACACUUGAAUCAAGUGCAGCUGAACUGGAACAUAAAAAAUUUUUUCUUAACUUUUUUUUAAUGCACUAAUCUUCAGUUGGAUGAACAUAAUGUAUAACUGUGUUUUCAGCAACAGAAUUCUUCUGUUUAUUCUAAUUAUUCAGUGACUGCCUUGUGAGAAAUGUUUGUCAUAUGUUUAAUGUUUCUGAAGUAUUGUUAUAACCUUAAUGACCAAUUUCUUUCAAUUCUUGACCACCACCAGGUAAUUACUAGCUUGAUAGAGUAGUAGUGGAAGUCAUCAGGUACUGCUUGUAAACUUCUCCAGCGCUAAAUAUUUGCUCCCUCUAUAAACUAUUUAUCUUUCGGACAGAACUUAUCAUAAAGAAAGAAAUCUACCUAGAGUAUAUAUACAAGGAAAAUUAAACAUCAUGAGUUUAAACUUCCGCCACAUAUUGCAAGUCAUGGAAUAAUUUUUAAGUUGCUAUUAGCAUGGAAGUUAAAUAGGCUGUUUAUUUAUCUAAAGGAAUUAAAUUCAUUUUUAUGCCUACAGCAUAUGGUCAAAAACUAAUCAAGGUUAAAUAUUUCUUUGAAAGCCCAGCUUUAAUGUUAAAUAUUGUUUGUUGGAUAAAUCUGGUAUUUUAAGAGUGUCACAAUAUUCAAUGCAUAUGAAACUGUUGGAAGUUAUUAAAGCAUACCAGCACUUAUUUAAAAAUAAAAUAAGACACUUAGAAAUAUAUUUUACUAUAAAUUUACAAACAACUUUAUUAUCAGCAAAAAUUUCAGCUGUUCUAUUUAUAAGAGAAGUCGCAUCUGCUUUGGGCAGUAGCUAAAACCGAAGUAUGAUCAGUACAUUUUUUUUUCUUAAAAUUUUAAAUUGUGUCUGUCCUAGCAUUUUUACCACAAGAAGUAUAUUACUUAAAAAAACAUGUGGCUUUCCUUGAAUCUAUUUGAGGGUGUUAUCUAAUAGAUUUGAAACAAUUGCCAUCUUUGUAGUUUUGCCUUGAGCUCUAAAAUCUUAUAGGAAACUGCUGAAUUUAAUCCUAGCUUUUAGAAAAUUACUGUGAGACUCAAAGUUAUUAGUCUUAACAACUCAUAAAUUAAGAAGUAAUUAAAGUGAAGAAAAAGUCAUAAUCAAAAGUUUGAUAGCAUUAAAAAGUUUUUGAGGCAGUUGUCUCAAUAUGGACAAUAAUCUAAACAAUGCAUACCUUAAAUUAAGAGGGAGGACAAGUACUGUAAUUUCAAUCCUCUUUAUUCAAAUGUGUGAUUUUGCUGUAAUGAAAGGGAUAAAAUGCAUACUUAGAGAAUAAUACUUCAUUUUUGCAGUAUUUUUUUACUUUGGAUCAAAAAUAAGAUUCAGUAUUCAUAAGAAUAUCAAAAUACCUGUCAAAAGUGGUACUUUGAUUUUAAUAUUUUUAUUUGUAAGUUGAUUUAAAUUUCACUUUGUGUGUGUGUGUGUACUUGAUUUAUUAUAUUGAGUUAAUUUAGUCAGAUGUGGUAACAUUUUUCUGAUUUCUCUUUAGUGGUAGCACACUCUUGAACUGAAAAAUGGCCAGAGGAAAGCUUUCUAGACUUUAGAAAAUAGUUGUUUAACUUUGUUUUGAACUUUUUUCUUAGUGAUUCUGUACCAGGUAGAGGUUAAGUUUAGUUUAGUUUUUAAUAUAAACCAUAAUCAAGAACAUGAGAGAAAAGCAGACAUAAAUCAGUGUGGAUACUUGUGGUGUGUGUGUAAGGGGGUGGGGGCGGGGGACUGAGAAAAUGCUAUUUACCUGAAGCACACUUUGCCUGAAUUUCUACUUGGUUAUAUUGUUUACCAUAAAUACUUAGGAUAAUUCUCAUAAGUCUGUCCUGAGAAAAAGCAUAUUUAGUACUCCUGUAUUUGUUCUUAUGAAAUGAUUAUCUGCCUUGUAUUUAGCAAGAUUGGCUGGCUCAAUUUUCUUCUAUCAAAUUAUAUGGUUAUUUUUUAUAUUACCACAUCAGCAUUAUAUUGAAAGUGUUUUUAAUAGUUGAUUGUAUUUUAUCAAACAACUACUAGUAUAGACUCAAAUUUACUAUUUAAUUUUUAAAAUACAAUUAUUUUAUUUUCUACAUCCUUUUUUAAAAAAUAUUUUAUUAGUUUUGGAUUAGAAUUGAUUUAUGUUAGCCACGUGUUGAAGAUGAAAUUGGCAUCCAAGUAGAUUUUGUGCCAAUUAGGGAAAGUUCAAUUAGGAAAUUCAUGUAAGGCUUUUUAAAAGUAUUUUUUAGGUUUUCAUUCACUUUUCCCUGUUACAGUAAUAUGAAAACUGAUUAUCCUUUACUCCAAGAGAAUGUUUUGACCCAAGCAAGUACCUAAUGCUAGAGCGUUGAUUCUGACAUUUAUUGUAAGUCACCCAACUAUAAGAUACUGUCUGACGAAAAUGUAAAUUUGUAAUUAGUGCCUUUAUUCACAUUUUGAGAUAAGUUCUCAAUUUUGUACUCUACUUAUUCUUUGGACAUCACAUUAGCAGCUAUAAUUAGUUCAGCAAUUUGAGUUUCACCUUGCUCUUCAACUCCAUAUAUUGCCUAGCAAAGGUUCUAGUAAGUGGAGAGCAAGGCACUCACCCACAUUACUUUCAGGAGACUAUUCUACCUUUUAUUUUUAAUUUCAGGAUAAAGAAAUUACAUUUUAGCUGAAAUCUUUUUGAUAUAACUAAAAUGUAAAACUACCCUUGCAAGUUCAAAUACGGCAUUUUUCU